AUGGUGGUGCUUUGCUUAUGGAGGAACUUCUUGCCUGUGCCCAGGUGUGGCCAGUGCAGCGCGCCGGAGUUCGAGCCGAACAUUGAGACGGAGCUGUCCUUCUCGAGCUCUGACAAGGCGGUUGGCAGCAGCAAGUCCAUCCUUCAGAGGAACAUCAUGGUCGCCAAGACGGUGAUAAGUGACAUAUACCGUGACCUGGAAAGCCGCUGUGUGACGGAACAACGGCAAUACGAGGACUCUGGCUCCAGCCCGUCACAGCAGAAAUUCAACGUUUGGGCCACUUACACCAACAAGGCCCGCUUGCAGCACUUCGCAGCCGAGUCCCUCGCCUUCGUGCAGCGGAAUGCCGAGUGCAGGAGCCGCCUGCUCAAUUCCAAGCAGCUGCGGUUCCUCAUCAUGCUACAGCACCUUCUUAGCGAGGACUGCAGCGAUGCGAACCGGCCCGAAGCGCUCCGAAAACACCAGGACACCUUUGAAGGGAUCCUCACGGACAGUGUCAGCUCACAGCUGGUCGAGGAUGCACAUCGUUGCGAGUUCUCCAUUGACGGCAACUCCUUCAGCUUGCAGGAUUUGCCUCACAUCGAUGCUGGCCUGGAAGAGAGGAAAAACCGCAUAGUUCAGUUCCAAACGGAGCUGAUCCAGGCGUUGGAGACCUUUCUUCUGGGCUUCUGCAGCCGCAGAGGGCUGUCUGCUGGCGGGACAAAGAGACUCAUGCAGGCAGUGACCACCCAAAUGUCGCAGGCCGGCGUGGCGAACAUAGACCGUGGCUCCCAAGCUUCGAGGUACUUCGUGGGAUCCCAAGGUUUGGACCAACGAACGGCCUACAACCUCUCCACGAUGAUGUCGCCCAGCGGCGAGGCGUUGAAGCUCUCGAUUCUCUGCAUGAGAACAGGCUUCACCCAGUACCUGGACAAAGACGAGCUUCUCAAGUUGGCAGGCGUGCAGUAUCCAAGGCGGUGCAAGCCGGAAUCGUAUCUGUACCAGUAUGCAACGCUGUGCUUCUUCGUCGGUGCCCAGGUGGACAACUGCGAGAGCAUCAAUUGCACAGUGCUCGAUGCUCUGGACGAGGCCAACAUCAGUCCAGCACUCGCGGAAGAUGAAGAGGAGGUGAUUCUUGACGAAGCACGCCAGCAGGUUACGUGA